GUACGGCUCUCUCGACCUGGUGAUUGCCCAUUGCGGCGACAAGGAGGAUCUGAAGUGGGACCUCAACCGCGGCUUCUUGCGUCACCGCGCCAGCGCCAUGUGUGCCAACGUUCCCGGCGAGCCGGGAUUUGCGUCAGGGUCCUACCUGAACUUGGCUCCUUGCGAGACAAAGGACAUCGAGACGCCGGGCCUGUGGAAGCUGACGUCAGACGGCCACUCGGGUCUGCGGAUGGGGGGGGCGGUUCUCGAAGGCUUGCUUUGGCUAGGCUUCAUGCUGAAUGUCGGCAACGACUGGCUGCAGAUGAACAAGUGCCUCAGCCACUCGGGCUGA